AUGCAGGUGAUUGUGGGAAGCAUCUUUGAAGUCAUCUGGGCAGUGGUGAAACCUGGCACCUCUUUUGGCAUCAGUGUCCUCAGAGCUCUCCGACUGUUGAGGAUUUUCAAAGUCACCAAAUCCUUAGCAGCUGAAUCAGAUACCCUCCUGAAUGUCUUCUUGGCCAUUGCUGUAGACAACCUGGCCAACGCACAAGAGUUGACCAAGGACGAAGAAGAAAUGGAAGAAGCUACCAACCAAAAACUUGCCUUGCAGAAGGCGAAGGAGGUUGCAGACGUUAGCCCCCUGUCAGCCGCCAACAUUUCCAUCACAGCUUUUGUAAAGCAAAGUCGAGGGUCUGUUUCUCGCAGCUCGUCGCUCUCCAGCGUAAAUUCACCCAAACAGCAGAAUUCCAUCAAAUCUAAAUCCGUGUGGGAACAGAGGACCAGCCAGCUCCGCGUGUACAACUUCCGCACUAGUUGUGAAGCCUUGUACAACGAGAUGGACCCGGAGGACAGAGUCCGCUACGCCACCAACCUCCACAUCCGCCCGGAUAUGAAGACUCACAUGGACCGACCUCUGGUGGUCGAGCCGAGGAGCGAAGGCCGCGGAGGCAACGGCAACGACGUGAGCCCCACGGAGGGUCAGGAGGCUUCAGACCAGGUGAAGGCCCCGUCGCCUGAGAACAACGAGGUUCUGAGGAAACACCACCGCCAUCGUGAGAAGGAGAAAACAGGAGACACGGAAAAAAGCAAUGCUGUCAAGGAAGAGAACGGGGAACUGGCUGGCGGUAACAACAAGGAGGAACGCCACCGGCCGCACCGGAGUCGUAGCAAAGAGGUGGGCGAAGCGGGUGGGAAAGAAGGGAAGAGCGAACGCAACAGAAGCCAGGAGGGCGGCAGGCAUCACCACCGCCGGGGGUCCGUCGAAGAAGGCGCUGAGAGGGAACAUCGCCGCCACCGCGGCCAUCGGCAUCCGGUUGAGCGACAAGUCAAAGAAGGCAACGGAACGGUCAACGGGACCAAGACGGAACGACGUUCCCGUCACCGAGGAGGGUCAAGGCUGGGCAACCGAGAAGGGGACCCUGGCUCCAAAGGGGAGGGGGCCGAAGAGCCCCACAGACGGCACAAGAUACGGCACAAGGCUCUCUCCACCUACGAGUCAGUGGACAAGGAGAACGGAGAGAAAGAAGGGGAGUUGGGGAAAAAAGAUCUCAAGAACGUUCAGCCAAG